ACGUCCUAAUGUUACUGAAGGUUACCACGCUGUGAUGCCAAGUCAGCCCCAAGGCCCUCAGCAUCAGAACCUGGUGAACAACCAGCAGCACAGCAAUAUGGGAAAUCACAUGACGGCCUUCAUGGUCCAGUACCCUUCAAUGCCGUCUUAUCAGGUAUCAAUGCCCCAGGGGUCUCAGAACAUGCCUCCACAUCAGCAGGCAUGUCAACAGCCAAUGAUGAUCCAGAGCCAUCCAAGCCAAGCUCCCAUGGCCAUGUCAGGCAUGCAGGUUUACUACAGUGUCAUGCCCCCAAAUCAACACAGCACCAUGAGUCCAUCGAUGGGUUUCUUACCUCCUGCUGGGGCAGAGCAGAUGCAGUUUCCCCGGGCUUCGUCUCCGUGUGGAACCCAGCAGCUACCAGGACAGCAGUGCUCAGGUGUGCUCCCCAGUCCUCACAGUGGUGGUAUGGUGAUGAUGCAGCUGACCCUGCCCCCUAACCACCAGCCCAGAGCCCACUCCCCUCCACAGUGGAAACACAACAGAUACUACAGUCUGGAUCACACACGCAGCCAGAGGUCCUCAGAACAACUAAACAACUCACAGAACAGUCCCCAGCUGGGCCCCAGCACGCCUCCAGCACAGCCCCAAGCUCCAACCCACCAACUCACCUCCAUAAAGAACCUCCGCUCGGCCGGCCUCACCCCCAUCCCCAUAAUGGCCCAGUUCCCCAGACCCUUCGGCCCAGGGCAGGCAGUGGACGGCAGAUACCCAUUGCUGGGUCAACCCCUCCAGUACAACCCUGCCAUCAGGCCUCCGCUGAUCCAUGGCACACACCACAUGAUCCCCAACCACCACCACGGCCCAAUGGGAAUCCGGCAUCAUGGGGGGCGAGGGAGGAGACCACCACCUAGGAAGUCAUUAUCAUCAGAUCUUAGUGUAGGUGACCCAGGUAAUAGAGAGGAGAGACUUUAGUUGUUGACCUUAGGC